AUUAACGAUCGAAAAUAAAAUGUGACUUACCACUUUUUCCAUCCCCGAAUCAAUUGCUCUUUAUUAAAAAUCAUGAAUUUCAUAUUAUAAUAUUUUGGCAGGAUAUUGUCCGCAAUUUGAUGCGCUUUUUGAUAAUCUGACAGCGAGGGAAACUUUACGCAUAUUCUGUCUUCUACGAGGUAUACCGCCAAAGACAGGAGCUAAAAUGGCUAAAGACCUCGCUAGUUCGCUUGGAUUUUUAAGACAUUAUGAUAAAAAGGUAAGCAUAUAUAUACUUGUACAAAUUAACAUGACACGUAAAGGCCAAUUCUAUUUUUCCGAAAACAAAAUUUCGUCUAUUCGCUAAUAUGACUUCUAAGAAACAUAAAACGAUAGGACCCGCCUCGCCUCGAAUGAAGAUUGGAAAAAUUGUAUAUAUAUAUAUAUAUAUAUAACUUUUCCUAGCCUAUUCUAUUUGUCCUCGAAUGAAGAUUGGAAAAAUUUCGAAUCAGAGGCGAGGCGGGUCUUAUCGUUUUAUGUUUCUUAGAAGUCAUAUUAGCGAAUAGACGAAAUUUUGUUUUCGGAAAAAUAGAAUUGGCCUUUAUUAUUAUAUUUUAUAAUAAUAAAGGCCAAUUCUAUAUUGAUUAUUAAAUUUGAUAAUAAUAAUUAUCAAAUUUAAUUAUAUUAUAUUAUAUAUUUAAUUAAAUUUGUUCUAAAAAUGUUCAUUUCUCAUCGCAGGUGCACGAAUGUAGUGGCGGUACUAAAAGAAAAGUCAGCACUGCGGUAGCUUUACUUGGUGAUUCACCAUUAGUAUUCCUGGAUGAACCUACAACAGGUAGACAACAUGAUAUCUAACUAUUGCGUAAUCAAUAAGUUACGGCUAUACAUUGAGUUAAAAUGUCGAAGACGUCACACUUUUGUACAUUUUCUACAGUUGUGACGUAGCGGGCCCCCACUUUCCAACUUUAAUGCCUAUUAUUUAAGCCAUAUCUUGUGAAAUUGCAGCAAAAAAAUACGUAUCUAAUAUUUAAGGUUACCUGAAAAAAAUAAAUGCUUUUUAGCAAUUAGGCCACCAAUUGAAGUGUGUCUUACAAUAUUAUUAUUCACAGAGUGGUUCAUUCAUUCAUUAAUAUUUUCUAUUGUCUGACUGACGGACUAAAUAAAAUUUCCUUUUUUACCCCGGAAUCAUCACUAUUCCUAAAUAGUUUUUCUGGCGCAUACAAUACAUAUGUCCGAAAAGAAAAAUCUAAAAAUUUCUCCGGACAUAUAUUGAAAAUCAAAUAAUUCGAAAAAUGGUCCUUCAAGCUGGAAUAUCAUAUAAUAUAAUACUUCAGUUUAUUCUUCGUUUUUAUUUAGUUACUUUAUUUUUAUUCGUUCCUAAACUCCGUCAGGCAUGGACCCAGCUUCUAAACGUUUAGUGUGGUCAUCGAUUAGUAAUAGCGUAACAUCGGGCCGCAGUAUAGUGCUGACGUCACAUAGCAUGGAGGAAUGUGAAGCGUUGUGCUCCAGAUUGACGGUCAUGGUAAAUGGUACACUAUGUUGCCUCGGACCGUUACAGCAUUUAAAAAGCAAAUUCUCACAAGGAUAUACUUUAAUAGUGAAAUGUAAAAUGGGAAUUGAUGGAGAAAAUAUAUCAGCUAUCAAUCAAUAUAUAAUAAAAAACUUCAAUGAAGCUAAACUUAUGUAAGUAAAUAAAUACAGCUCAUUAGUAAAUUUUACAUCUCUCGUAUUCGAUAAGUAGGU